AUGAAGACUUCACUUCUCUUCGGGUUCAUACUGCUUUAUGCACUCUCCGUCACUGUCGAUGCAGCAAAAGGAGGUCUUAGUAAGGAUGAGCAGAAGAAACUUCUGGAUGAAAUAAAUGAGGAUCGUAAAAGAGUGAAUGCUACAUUUAAACCUCUGACCUACGACACUGAACUCGAAAAAGAGGCUGCCUUGUUCGAGUGUGACAAUGACAAAAAGCCUCCAAUUUGGUUACAAUGGAACAGUGUGGCACAUGAUUUCUGGAAAGAAGUUGAUCAUGAGGAUAACCCAAAUUUUGAAUUAUACGACUCGAGAGUUGUAAAAAUUGGUUGCUCGAAAGAAACCAAGUGCACACAGAAACUUGUAAAAAACCCUGAAUUACCUGAGAAAUUUGUUGGGAAAGAGAUGGUUAUGCUUGGAGCAUGUGUUAUUAAGCCAAUCAUUGGUUCGACGGAUCCAAUACAAAAAGAUUUUUCGUUAGUCCCAAAAGGUAAAAAAUAUGGAGACGUGCUAGGAAUCGAGAUAAAUUCAUCUGGACGAGUCUUCAAUCUGAUUGUCUUCAUUACUAUUAUCCUCUACGACACUGAACUCGAAAAAAAGGUAGCCGCGUUGGAGUGUGAAGACGGUUCUCCAGUUUUGUUACAAUGGAACAGUGUGGUACAGGAUAUGUGGACAGAGGUUACACAUGUGCAUAACCCAAAUCGUCCAUUAUUUGAUUCGAGAGCUUACUUAAUUGGUUGCUCAAAAGAAUUCAAGUGCACAAAGAAAAUUGAAAAACACCCAGAAAUGCCUGAGAAGUUUGUUGGGAAAGAGGCGGUUAUGCUGGGAGCAUGUUAUGUUGGUCCGGAAGAUGAGAUGAGUGGCGAGGAACAAAAUAAAGUUCCCGAAUCGUCAAUCCCAAAAGGUAGUAAAUAUGGAGAUUUGCUUGGACUCAAGAUAUCUUCAUCUGGACAAGUCUUCAAUCUGUUCGUCUUCCUUGCUAUCAUAGUCUUUUAUUUUUAG